CACGCGCGCGCGCGCACCCGGGCAGCCUGGGCGGCCGCUCCUGCCUGUCACUGCUGCGGCGCUGCUGGUCGGUUCCCUUGAAGGCAGGCGGAGGCGGCGGCGGCGGCGGCUGCGGCUGCUCCAGACACCUGCGGCGGCGACCCCCCGGCGGCGGCGCGGAGAUGUGGCCCUUGGUGGCGGCGCUGUUGCUGGGCUCCUGCUGCUGCGGUUCAGCUCAGCUGCUGUUUAGUAAAGUCAAGUCUGUAGAGUACACUCUAUGCAAUAAAACUGUCGUCAUUCCUUGUGUUGUCCUUAACGUGGAGGCCCAAAGCACUGAAGAAAUGUAUGUGAAGUGGAAGUUCAACAGAACAUACAUCUUCAUCUACGAUGGAGGCAAAAACAGCUCCACUCCAGACACUAACUUCAGUAGUGCGAAAAUCUCGGUCUCAGACUUACUGAGAGGUGAUGCCUCCUUGAAAAUGGAUACGAGUGACGCCGUCGUGGGGAACUACACGUGUGAUGUAACAGAGUUGUCCAGGGAAGGCAAGACAGUCAUAGAGCUGAAGUACCGUACGGCCGUCAACCCUGACCAAGGAUCAGCCUGUUCUAACCACACUACCCCGGCAGGGGACGAGAAGGAGAAAGGAGGUUGCAGAUUAGUUUCGUGGUUUUCUCCAAACGAAAAGAUCCUCAUUGUUAUUUUCCCAAUUCUGGCUAUACUCCUGUUCUGGGGAAAGUUUGGUAUUUUAACACUUAAAUAUAAAUCCAAUCGUACAAACAAGAAAAUCAUCCUGCUACUCGCCGCUGGGGUGGUGCUCACCGCCAUCGUUGUUGUCGGAGCCAUUCUUCUCAUUCCGGGAGAAAACCCUGUGAAGAAUGCUGCUGGACUUGGCCUCAUUGUAAUCUCUGUAGGAAUAUUAAUACCACUUCAGUACAAUGUGUUUAUGACAGCUUUUGGAAUGACCUCUUUCACCAUUGCAAUAUUGAUCACCCAAGUGCUGGGCUACGUCCUCGCUUUGGUUGGAUUGUGUCUCUGCAUCAUGGCCUGUGAACCAGUGCACGGCCCCCUUUUGAUUUCAGGUUUGGGUAUCAUAGCUCUAGCAGAAUUACUUGGACUAGUUUAUAUGAAAUUUGUUGCUUCCAACCAGAGGACUAUACAACCUCCUAGGAAAGCUGUAGAGGAACCUCUUAAUGGUUCCUUUCAUACUCAUGGAGAUGGUUUUGCUCCACUGGGGGUGAUGUGGCUGCUUUUCCAAGCAGGAACUUGCUCCCAACCUUGUGGAAAGGUAUUAAAGAGAAAGAGACUUCAUCACUCACCCCAGCUUCUCCCUCUCUCCUGAACUCCAGACCAACAUACAUUUCCUGAAUGUGACCAACACAUGCACUUGUUAAUUUUUACCGAAGAAGUCUGUGAUUUUGCACCUUAAUAUAUACAUUUUUUAAACCUUAAUAUACUAUGAUCCUCCAGGCCCAUUGGCAUUUAGUAACUGCAUUUGUAUUUUCAUCCUAUUUUCAAAAAAAUGUUUUUCAUGCCAUUAGUACUUGCAACCGUUCCUUGCUCACAUAAAACCUUUCUUUGUAUUGUAUUUUACUGUCGUAAAGCUUGUGACCUGCCUGCUCACCUCCGUAACAAAGAGCUGCAGGAAACACAGGAGGCCUUCUUCCCCAGAGCACAAUUAACUCCUGCCUAAGAUUAAAAACACCUGGAUCAUGUGUUGGGCGAGCUAAAUUUAAAACAGGCGCUGGUUUCAUGGGAAGUCCAGAAUGGUCCCAUGGUUACAGGGUUUUGUCAUAGCUUUUAAAUGUGUGUUUUGCUACACAAGCUGCCACUACCUAAAAAUAUUGCCUUUAGUGGGAAUAAGUGUAAAACAAUGCCAGGAUUCCUGGCAUGGUUUUAUCAUGUUUACCCUCUGUGUCUUGUUUUUCAACUUUUAUGUUCUUUUUUUUACCUACCAUGGUAUCAUUUUUCUGUAAGUGGGUUAAAAAAAUAAACUGUUCUCCAUUUGCAGAAAACUAACAUGAAAACCUUCAGUGCCUCUUUGUUAAUUUUCUUUAAUUUGUAACCUUUUUUUUAAGUCACCAUAUCUGGAGAUGGCAUUAAGAACUAUUACUUUGAUUUCUUACUUGUUUGUGUAGAGAGGUCUGUGGUGACCUUGAAAAUGCCCUGAACUUUGUUCACAUUUAGCUGAUCACACUUUGUUUUUCAAAUGUUUGUUGACGGGCUCUGUCUUCUGAUGUCCACUGUGGGCUCAUAGUGCGCCUUGUCACACUGAAUGAGGUUCAAGGUGACUUCCCAGGCACUUCCUCUAUUAACUGAACGGUGUAAAUCUAAAGUGAACAUGGUAGAAUAUUAUUCUUGGAUCAAUAACUUCUGCUUUGAGAAGGAUCAACAUUCCUUGCCUUUUGUUGAGCUCACCCAGCAAGAUAAACCAAGAUUAUCAGCCUGUGUUGACUGUAUUUUCAUUCGUCCUUGGCAUUUUACUCGCCAAACUGAAAAGGCUAAUGAUUUGCCUGAUUCCUUGCCUGUUGCCUUCACAGAUAUGUUGCCAUUAUCUUUUAUCUAGUAUAUCUGAAACAGAUCAUGUCUUAAUGCAUAGGAAGUAGACAUGGGGAGUGAUGAAGUGUCGCUG